UUGAGAGAUCAAUCUAUGGAUGUUCUAGCUUGUGACCAAUGUGGGUCAUUUUUCAAGGCUAAGAAGUAUUUAAAACAGCAUCUAGCUGUACACCAUAGAGUGUUGGAUGUUUUUGAGUGUUACAUUUGUAGGAAAACUUUUGGAGCCAAGUAUAAGUUGACGGAGCACUUCAGUAUUGUACAUAGUGGAACUAGUUACAAUUGUGAGGUAUGUGGUAAAGGCUUCCAAAGCAAGUUUACGUUAGGGACACAUAUGAAGAAGCAUACGGGGAAUUUUGAAGUGUUUACCUGUGUUGAGUGUAGUCAGGAGUUUAACAGGAAACAGCUGUUAGUUGAGCAUGUGGGGGACAUGAAUAGGAGAUGUCUGUGGUGUGAUAUGUGGUUAGGUUGUAGGACAAAACUUUUGGAACAUAUUGAAGAGAAUCAUAGGAGAGUUGGGCGGUUAGAGUGUACGGAAUGUCGGCGGGAUGUGCAUUCUUUGACGAAAUUUUGGAAUCAUUUGAUAGUCUACCAUCCGGAACAGUGUAGGAUUGUCAACAAGAAUUGUGUGAUUUGUGAGAAGUGUAGACAGUUAUGUAGCAGUCGUCACCAUCUCAAGAAACAUCAGCGGAAGUUGUGUUUGGUGUCGGAGAAAAAUGUGUGUAAACAUUGUAAUGUUCGGUUAGGGACGAACUAUUUGCACGGGGUGCAUUUGGGGCGGGGUUUGAGGUGCGCCAUGUGUGGGGAGCGGUUUGAGUGUUUGACUUUGCUGAAGGAACAUGUGUACUAUGGACAUAGAAGUGGGGAGGAGGUGUUGGAUUUGGAGAAAACCUGUUAUAGGAGGGUUGUGAAUGGAUGGAAGUCUCCUAUGAGAGAUAGGAUAGGUGAGAGAAAUGGAAGUAAGUCUCCAGAAAGUAGUAGAAUAUCUGGGAGAAAUAGUAGUAAGUCCCCAGAAAAUGGGAAGUCUUGGAGAUGUGAAAGAGAUAGGAGUGUGGGAAGAAUUGAAAAGUUUAGAAGGUCUAUGGAAAAUUGUGGAAACGGGGAUGGAAAUGGAGGAGAAGCGGUGGGAAAUCGUUGUAGGAGUGGUGAAAAUGCAGGGGAGUUGUCAAGGUGUGGAAGAGUUAUGGAAAAUAGUGGAAAGGGCGAUGAAAAUGGAGGAAAAGCGGUGGGAAAUCGUUGUAAGAGCAGUGAAAAUGCGGGGGAGUUGUCAGGGUGUGAAAGAGUUGUGGAAAAUUGUGGAAAGGGUGAUGAAAAUCGAGGAAAAGCGGUGGAAAAUCGUUGUAGGAGUGGUGGAUAUGAGGGGGAGUUGUCAGGGUGUGGAAGAGUUGUGGAAAGUUGUGGAAAGGGCGAUGAAAAUCGAGGAAAAGCGGUGGAAAAUCGUUGUAGGAGUGGUGGAUAUGAGGGAGAGUUGUCAGGGUUUGAAAGAGUUGUGGAAAGUUGUGGUAGUAGAGAUGAAAAUCUAGAAAGAUGUACAGAAUCUUCUGGAAGACGACGUUGUAAAGGUAGGAUAUGUUUGAAAACUGGAGAAAGUUUUAGAAAAAACUUGGAAGGUAAUUAUGUAGAGAAAGUGGUUGUGGAUAAGGUUGAAAAGUUAUUGGGUAAGAAUGGGGAAAAUUUGAGAAUUGUAAACUAUUGUAGGGGGAAAAAUGAGAAACCCUCAGGAAAUGCAAGUUAUGGAAUCAUGAAAUAUACUGUCCCAUAUUCAAAUCAGGUGUCAGGAAAUGUGAAUUGGUCAGAAAACCAGGAAGUUUUGAAUCGUUGUCAUGGAACUACAGGAUGUAAUGUUUCAAAUAAUGAAAAACAUUCGAAAAUUGUGAACGGUUGUGAUGAGAAUUCAAAUGAAACAAUUUCCGUGGAAACUAAAAAAUCUGUUUCUCCUUCUAGAAGUUUUGAAGAUGUUCCUGUACCUUCCUCCUCUGAAGACGAAGUAUCUUUAAAAUCAGGUAAUGAUGAUUCUGAACGAGAUUACUGUUCAUUGACUUCGAAUAACUAUACCAAAGUUUUAGAUUGUGACAGUGAUGGGUUUGAAAAUAGAUCGGUUCUAUCGAUUGAUUCGAGUAGACUGUCGUUUAAGUUCAAAUGUUACGACUGUGAAAAUCUUUACCAAACUUUAAAAGACUUGGAGUGCCACAGAAGAUUGGCACAUGACUCGGAUAUCGAUGUGCCGGAAAUCAUGACCUGUGACCAUUGUGGGAGACAGUUUACGAAACGAACGUUAUUGGAGGGACAUUUCAGGAAAUGUGUGUGCUCCAUCUGUGGUUGCACAACUCGUUGUUGGACGUUGCUGAGGUUACACUGUUCCACUAAACAUGGGUCUAGAGGGGAUUGGAGUUGUGAUAAGUGUAGAAGAGGGUUUAGAUCGUCUGUGUUGUUUGUGAAACAUGCUAGAAAUUGUAGAGGAAUUGUUGUGAGGAAGGAUAGAAAGAGACGGAGGUCUGAAGGUAGUAAGUUGGUGAAACAUCCAAAGUUCAAAAGGAUUCGAACACUGGAUGAUGAGCAUAACUAUGAGAAUUGUGAUACAAACUUAUCCACUAAGAGAACGAAAAACAAGAGGAUACCUACUCCAGAUGAUGAUGAUGAUGAUAAUCAUGAUAAUUGUAAGACAAAUUUAUCAACUAGGGGAACGAAAUACAGGAGAAACCCCACACUAAAUGAUGAUAAUGAUGAUAACUAUGAUAAUUGUAAAACAAACUUAUCAACUAGGGGAACGAAAUACAAGAGGAUAUCUACAGUAGAUGAUGAUAAUGAUAAUAACUAUGAUGAUUUUAAGACAAACUUAUCAACUAGGGGAAAGAAAUACAAGAGGAUACGUUUGCUAGAUGAUUAUGAUGAUGAUGAUGAUAUUGUUGUUAAUACUACGGACAAAUAUUGUAACACAUACUCACCAACUAGUCCAACCAAUUUGAAAAAUACUGCUACGUUCAGGAUUGUGUUGAAAAACCGGUCCAAAAAGAUUUCUCCCCGUAAUUUUAAGGGUAGUCCAAAAAAGUCACUUCCCCGUAGUAAACAAAAGUCACCUCAAAAACCACCUGAGCCGUCCCCCUCUAAAAGUUCAACUGAUGAAGAUUUUGUGAAACCAAAACUGAGACCCAAAUCUAUGACUACCCCUCAGAGGAAAAGGGUUGAAUUUUUGAAAUCUAUGAGGGAAAAUUGUGAGACGUCCCCCGACAAAAAAAGUCCCAAGUUGAAGGCGAUUCGAGAAAGUGUCACGAAACUGGAGUUUUCUCCUGGGGAAGAUAAUAAGAUUGGAGUUGGGAUUUUGAAAUCUGUGAGAAAAAAUGGAGAAACGUCUUCUGAGAAGGUUGGUCCCAUUGAAAACUCAGUUUUGAUAUCUGGCAGAACGAAUAAUGUUUCACCUACUAGUAAUAGAUCAAUAGUUGGAAAUAUUUGGAGAUCUAGAAGGAAUCUUGGGAAAUUGACUCCACCGAAAGAUUUGAGUUUAGUUGAGGAUAGAAAUUUGAAGGGUGAUCUCAAACUAUCACCUAAGAACAGUGUAUCAGAUUUGGACGGUGAUUCGAAGCUUGUAAGGAAGCUCAAGAAAGAUUUCAUGGAAAAUCUUGAUGUAAAACCUUUGGAUAACACUUUAGAUUCUACAAAAGAGCUGAUAAUUGACACCAGUGUUUCUUACUGUCAGAGUGUUAAUGAUUCUUUCACAAAAAGUAAUUGUAUUUUAGGUGAGGAGAAACGUAUUAACGAAAUUCCCACAGAUGUCACAAGAACUGAUUUCUUUUUGAAUCUGAAUUUGGUUUCGUCCACACCGAUCAAUGGUGUUAGAAAAAGUGAGGGACAUUUGUUUCAAGGAAAAUUGGAUGGGAAAAUAUCUGGUGAAGAUUUGAAGGAUGGUCGAAAAUUCUGUAGACAGUUGAUUUCUGCUGGAGAUACAUCGAAAGUUGUAUACUGUGAAGCUUCCCCGAACCGUGUGCCCACAUCCAUAUUGAAAACUGUGCCUUCUGUCAAAUCCAAAUCGACUUUAAGACGAAUUGUGCAUUUUGAAGAUGACGUCGACGAAAAAUUUGGUUGUAAGUUUUUGAAAAAUGUCAGUCCAGAUAGUUGUAGAUCGUCUGUUGAUGUUCCUUCUGAGAAAAACGACUCGAAUGUUGUUGUUUCUAGUGCUAAGUCUGAAAAUGUGGAGGGAAGUUGUAAACCUAGUAGUAAGUUGCAGAUUUAUCGUUGUAGGUUGUGUAAGAAACGGUUUCCUAAUAGAGAUUUACUGCAAUGUCAUAUUACUAGUAAUGUGUGUAGGGUGAAAAUAUCAAAUUUGUCCUGAUUUUUAUUAAAAAUGAUUUCACAAAUUGAUCUAAUUCUAUGGAGACUGUAACUUAGAACUUAGAAGAGAUACUUUUAAAGAAUAACUACUUUGUUUCUAAUAAUUUGAUUGUAUGGGAGGGGAUGUAGUGGUAUUUCUCCAUUAUUGAACGAAUAAGACUGUGAUACCUCUUUAAAGUGGUAUUGACAAUAACAAAGUCUUAUUCUUUCAAUUACUUUGUUUCUAUUUAAAAUACAUUAUUGGACCUACAUUUUUAAAAAGUAUAAUGUACAGUGUAUUGUUGAUCUUAUAAUUAUGAUCAAAAGUUAAAAAAAUAUUGAAAUAUUUGACGUGGUGUUUUAGAAUAUCAUGUACGUUAGUUUAUUAACUGAGCUAUAUGAUGGAAGGAAUCAAUUUGUUACUUGUGUGUUAUUUAUUAUCCAGUAAUUGAAAAUCAAGUAUUUUUUUUACUAUUAUUGAUUUUCCUAAAUUAAUAUGAUUUGAUCAGAGAACGGAAUAAAAUUUCCAUUUUUGUGUCGGAUUUAUAAGAUUUUCAUUUUGAUCGUAUAUUAUAAAAUGUUUUCAUUUGUAAUAUUUGAUGAUUUUUCAACAGUGCAAGUCAAGUUUUUAGUGUAACUAUUUAAAUUUUGACCAUCUUUCAGUUUUGAGAGGUAAAUACAAUGCUAUAGUAUUACUAUUAUUUACUUGACGAAUAUUACAUACCGUAUUAUUGUGUGUACCUGAAUUUGUAUGCCUUAAAUAUGUUGUAACUCUACCAUUCGUUUAGGUACUUAGAAAUAUCAUACUUUUUAGUUGAUUACUUUUGCAUUAUUCGUGUAUUCCACAAUAGUUUUUAGUUCUGUCUCUAUUCCUAGUUUAGCAUAGGCCUAAUCUACACCAAACUAUUAUUUUUUGAUAAUUUUUGUAAAAUACUCCUUAGUUUCGUCAGUUUCCGAUUCUGUGAUAUAGGAAAUAUAUUGUUUAAUAAAAGUUAAGAUCAUUUGUAA